AUCGCCUAAGGCAGCCCAAAAUCAACAACGCGAUAGCUGCGCUUCGACUCCAGUUACACUGAUACGCGCUCUUACGAUACCCGACUGUAUUUUUCUUCUCCCUCAAAGCCAUUCAACCAAAAUCCACUAGGAAUCACCGUUUACCUUGCAUCACCACCACUAUCACCACCACUGCUUGUCAACCAUUCAGCUUAGACAAUGGAAUCGCAGAAUCAAUCCGCACCAACACAUCCUUCACAUAACCGACCAACACCGGUCUACGAUCCCUCACAAGGCGGACAUUAUGGUGCCUGUGCUGCACUUGCCUCGCAGGGCUUUGCGCCGGCGGAGCUCUACACCGGACCGUGGGCUAACGUUCAUCAGGGCCUCACAGGACAGUAUAAGGAUAUAUUAACGACUUACUGGCAACAAACAAUCAGCCAUCUGGAGAGUGACACUCAUGAUUACAAAAUCCAUCAGCUGCCCCUCGCUCGUAUCAAGAAAGUCAUGAAGGCCGACCCAGAAGUCAAGAUGAUAUCGGCGGAAGCACCAAUUCUGUUUGCCAAGGGCUGUGACAUCUUUAUCACGGAACUUACGAUGCGAGCUUGGAUUCAUGCUGAGGAGAACAAGAGGCGAACCUUGCAGCGGUCCGAUAUUGCAUCUGCACUUGCUAAGUCGGACAUGUUUGAUUUCUUGAUCGAUAUUGUCCCCAGAGAGGAAGCUACAGCACACGCUAAACGAACUACCACACAGCCCUCCGCCGCGCAACCAGUUCCAGGGGCAGGUCAGGCGCCAAUGCCGGGGCAGCACGCCGGCAUGGCCCAGUCGGCUGGUCAUCCGUCGUCUCACCCGAUGGCCACUGCAGAUUAUAUGGGCGGACAUGCGCUUGCUUCUGAGCAGGACUACAGACAGGCUCCUAAUAUGUAUCCCGGCCAGGCCCCUCCCGCCCCUUAUGGACAACCCCAAGCACAAGCGGCCAUGUAUAGUGAGAUGGAGGGCAUGUAUCAACAAUACUCGGCAAUGCAGCCACAACAGGCACCUAUGCCGUCUGAAGAGUUUGAAUAGAGAUCUCGCUCUAAGGAAGACAAGGAAUGGUAGUUGAUAAAACGCCUACAUGACGACAAGCGCUCUUUCAAUUUCUGUCGUGGCAUAUUAAAACCGCAGCCUUAAAGUGGCUAUGUGGGUAGCUGCUAAUGCGAAAGAGUCUCCAGAUGUGCAAAACAACAAGCAUAUCUUGUAGUUUAGAGAGGCAUCUGGACAUCAUUUUGCUUCAUUUCAUGAUGGCGAAGCGAGACAGGUUGGAAAGCGGCGCAGCUCUCCCCGAAGGCUGCGCGGUAGGGGUAAGCCUACACUAUGUUAGCUCUUGUCUUUUAAGGGUCUUUUGUUGUUUUGUUUAUUUCCAGGUGUUUCGGUGAUGACAUACUUCUCAAGUAGCAUCGGCCCAUUGAGAACGUCAACUCGGCCAUAUUUCUUGUUGCGGAUUGAAAUAUCAUAAAAUUCUUCAUG